CCAACCCAACCCAACCCAAAUCUCUAGCGAGGAAAUCUCUCAAUAAAUUCUCCCCAAGUACUUAGUUUUGCGACGUGAAAUCAACGACCUCAAUUCACAAUUCACACAUAUCAAGCCCAUCAUGCCCCCAAAAGUAUCAAGUAAGAAACGUGCUCGCGACGAAGAGGCGCAGUCCAGCGGCAGCGAGGCCGAGACAAGACCGGCACCAGUGAAGAAAGCCAAGUCAAAAGGUAGCAACUCUAGUGGCUCUCAGGUCGAUGCAGAGGGUAAUCCUUUCUGGGAGAUUGCCGACAAGCGCCGAGUUGGCAUCUCACAGUUCAGAAAGACGGAUUUCAUCAACAUCCGCGAGUACUACGAGGCUGGCGGUGAAAUGAAACCUGGCAAGAAGGGAAUCGGACUGACGGUGGAUCAGUAUACCGCUCUCUUAAAAGCUAUCCCUGCCAUCAACGCCGAGUUGCGCAGCAGGGGUCACGACAUCACUGAUGACUCCGAUGGCGGUGGUGCCCCGGUUGUCGCAAAGCCUGAAGUCAAGUCUAAGAAGUCGACCAAGAAGCAGGAGAAGAAGGCCAACAUCGAGGCGACAAGCGACGAGGGUUCCGGUUCCGAUUGAGUUGCCAGCUUUUCGGUCCGAUAGCUUUGAUCAACCCCCAGUUGCUUAGCCCUGGGGCAUUUCACAUCCUUAUGAUCUUUGACUUUGCUGUACUAAAGGAUAAAGACUUCGUUUUCACAGACUGAUGAAGAUACGAAACUUGGCAUGACCAACGGAUGGCGUUGACUACAAAGGUGCACGGUACUUUGGUUCUCGCGGGGCUUUUGUAAAUAAAAAGUCGUCUCACACCAGUCACUGCAACCUUUAAUCCCGUUUCAAAACGCGAAGAAAGCCUUUUUAACA